AUGUCCUUCGUUCAAAAAGAGUUCACCACCCCACCACCCUUCCCCGCACCAGGAACGUCCCCAGACUCCGCCUCCGCAAAGCCAUGGUACUCAGUCACUACAGGGAUCUGGGAGCUACACCUAAAUGGAAAUGCACAGCAUAAAGCUGUGCUACAAUGGUGGGAACCACGCACAGCCACAGACAGUCAGCCAAUCACGCAUACUUUCAUCGAAGAGGUGUGCUUCCUGAAGGGGAAACUGAAGGAUCUUACGCUGGGAGAGUCCUGGGGUGUUGGGGCAUAUGCCUAUCGCAAGCCUGGAAUGAAACAUGGGCCUUAUGUCGCUUCAGAUGAGGGUUGUUUGAUGUUUGUUAAAGUUACGCCGGCUCCUGCUGGUGUUGAUUGA